UUCACGCAAAGCUUUAUAGAAAGAUAGCAUGACGUGCAUGGUUGCACUGCACCACAAAUCACCAACCCAGCCAAUGGAAGGAAGGAAAGAAAGACACACCUGAAUGUUCUGGACUGGUCGCAAAAGGCACAAAUACCCAACCACACACACACACACACACGCACAGACACACCCCACACACAGGAGGAAGGACAAUCCUAAGCUAAGCGACUCAACACGCAUCCACACCACUCCACACCAUACAAUGCAUUAUAUGCCCCAAGAGCCUAUCUAUAAUGCCUCCCAUCCGAUGGACAGCUGCCGCAUCCCACUAGUAAGGCUCGCCACCAACGCAUCCAGAGCAGCCGAGGGGGCGUCGCUCCGCCGGGCCCUCUCACGCCACUCAUCAACCGUACGCUGCACCUCAAGUGCAAGGUCAUCCUCUGUCGCCUCCACCUUCACCUUCCCGGCACCGGCCGCCUUCUCGCGCUUCACAUCGGCAGCUGUAGCAGCAGCAGCAGGGGCGGCGACGGCCUUGAUGGCCCUGAAAGGCUCCAUUGCGGAUACUGCUGCUGGUGGUGGUGGCGCUGGUGCCACCCGUCCUCUCGCUGCCCGUGGGGCUGCGCGGUCCGCCUUUUUCUUUUUCUCGCCGACGGCAGCAGAAGCUUGGAAGAACGACAGACGGCUGACAGCGGGCGCACCGCCAGGGGCAGAUUCCUCUCCCUCUUCCUCUUCCUUGUCAGCAGCCACAGCAGCAAACGCUGCAGGCGACGUCGUGGGCUCGGCUGGAUGCACAGCGACAGCACCGAACGGCUCAGCAGCAAGCGACAUAGCCAUGGGGGUCGGCUGCAGACCACCCAUAGCCCACGGACGGGUGGGAGGGGGCGGGGGAGGGGCAAGGGGGUAGGGGAUGUGGGCCUCUUCUGCCUGGAACAAUGCCGCCUCGUCAGACACGUCAGCCAGAGCGCCGAACGCCGCAGCACUCUCCAACCCACCACCACCACCACCGCCGCCGCCGCCGACACCGAAUGACAGAGGCCCGGUCCCAUAAUCUUCCUCCUCUGCGUAGGGGUUGGUGGGCGGUGUGGGGUUGACGCUGUUGAAGAACGAGUCGGUGUCAACAGCAGGGGGAUAGCCGCUGCCGUCGUCAGCACCGACAGACACGCCGGGAUAGUUAGCUAGUGCAGGUAGCGCUGUGUCGGUCAUCUGGUGGGUCUCUUGGUACGCCUCCAAUGCGGCCCUGACACAAACACAAACACAAACACAAACACAAACAACAGACAGACAGACAGACAGGCAGCCAGAGAUGCCACAAUGAGUGGAUUUCGCGUUUGUUACCACCUGACAGCAGAGUCCACCCACCUGACAGCAAAGUCCAGCAGCGCUGCUUUGGCGGCGUCUGUGGGCGCGAUGGCGCUCAGCUUGGUGCGGAGGUUGCGCUCAAAUGCCGAGGGCGAUAUACCGCUGGGAGAUGAGCUUGGGGGCGGGGGGCUGCGCUUCCUCGACACGUCGGUGUCGGCAUUCGCGGCACUUGAGGCACUCUCAGACUCCGCACUGAACACAUGCGCACACCACACACACAUGCAGAAGGAAGGUGCAUGCAGUCCAGUUGCCCUAUUCUGUGUAUAGGCUCACCUCGGCAGAACCACCGGAUGAUGCAUGUCCGUCAGGCACACCCGCUGCCCUGCCAUAGCCGCGAGCAGCCCGUCCAUCGCGGCAGCAUACUCCCUGCACGCGUCGGUGUCGCCCCUGCGCACCCGCCGCAUCAGCCCGCCGUCCCUCACGCGGAAAACAUGGGUCACCUCGAUGCUCUUGGCGUCCCGUGCCUCUCCGAAGAUCGCCAGGACCUCCCAGCUGUCGUCCCUGUCUAUCGGCAGCUGGAGGGGACCCUGGAACCACUCGCUCUUGUGCUCCGUGUAGCGGCCGUGGGGGCACCACGUCGCCGGGAACCCUGUAGAAAGGGGGAAAGGAACACAGAUGACGUGCGUGCGUGCUGGUGUCGUAGCACCGACGUCGGUGUUUGUCUGACUUGCCUUCGAACUGGCUCGUGGGCGAGGUGAUGAAGGGCACACGCGGCUCGUCGGCCACACCGGCGUCGAAAUAGUCACGAUAGGCAGCCCGGAGGAAUGGCGGCAGCAGCCACACGCUGGGGUCAGCCUGGUCCCUUUGCAGGAUGAUGAUUGACGCUCGCAGUGAGUUGCCCGUCUUCUGCAGACACUUGGACGAGCGGCAUAUGACGGUGCGGGAUGCGCCAGAGCUGUCGAGGCCGUGCUUCAGCUCAGCCACGAUGGUGUCCAGACACAGACCACUCUUCAACGUGCUCUGACGGGCGACACACACACAGUUCGCCGAUUCAUCCAUCGGUCAUUCAUCGCUUUGCCCCACCUUGCUCCCUCGGAUUCGGAUGGUGAAUGGCACGAUGUCGCCAUCGUACUGGUCGUUCCCAACAACCCCAAAACGACCGAACCUCCUCCGAACAAACCACACAGGCUCGAAGACGCAGUCAUCUUCAAUCUUGACGCCGUUGUCGUGCUUGCGAACCGUCACGAAGUAGUGAGGCUUGCUCAUCUCUCUCUCUGAGUAUGAUCACUCGACAUAUUCCGUGUCCUACUCGUGGACCUGCAUACAUUACAAAAGCACGAAUUGGAUAGAUCCAUGGUAAGACAUCCGUGCCUAUCGCAUACCAGGGCGUAGUCAGGGAACCACUUUUGCUCCUUAUGGAAG